AUGAGUACCCUUUUUUCAUUUCCUAUAGUAGAUUAAAAAUAAAUCCCAUUUAUAUCAAAGUUAAACCCACCAGAUGUUAUUUCUAUGGACCAUUUGAGACUUUAAAAAAAAACAUGGUGCAAAAAAAUACCUAACUGCAAUUGCAACGGUCGGUUGUUUUGAACCGUAACGGGGAGUGAUUUUAGUGAGGAACGUCGCGUCAGAGACGUUCAUCUCGAAAGAUGCCCCUUAUAUCGUAUUCAGUCCAAUUCAUGAUAAUGUGCUGACUUAACGGUCAUUAUUUGUACGGUAGAACCACAAGAUUUCGAUCAAUUAAUUGACUAUAGCUGUUAGGGAUGUGGAAAAAAAUAGUUUCUAAACGGUUCAAAGGUUUACUGUACUCAUGCAGGAAAACAAUCUUCUAAAAGAACGUCUCUGGUAUCAAGCUCCUCUUCAAUACAUCAUUCCAUAUCAAUCGUGCUUUUUAUUUUUUAGUCCGACCCCGGGAAACAAAUUAACGAUUUGAACAUUACACAUUCCACCAUUUGUGAAAAAAAAAAAAAACAACAACUAUUUGAUCUGACUGGAGCCUCGUUUGGGAUUCGGAUGACGUCGACCGGUACCCGGAAGUACUAACAGAGUGAGCGCUCACAACUACGUCAUUCUCUUCAGUCACCCUCGGGCUCGGUUUCACAAAAUACAAUGAACCACACGGACGAUUCCAAGGAGACGACAGUGCCACACGUCGUGAAGGAAGAGCUCCUGGCGUCAGGGAGAUGGGUGAAGCUGGAGAAGACCACCUACUUGGAUCCUGCCGGCACCACCAGGAUCUGGGAGACAGUGAAGAGGACAACUCGGCAAAACAACACAAAUGCAGAUGGCGUUGGCAUCAUCGCGCUGCUGAAGAGGACGCUGCACAAAGACUGCGUGGUGAUGGUCAAGCAGUUUCGUCCUCCGAUGGGAUGCUUCACGCUGGAGUUUCCCGCAGGCUUGAUCGAUGAGGGUGAGAGCGCCGAGACGGCCGCACUGAGGGAGCUGAAGGAAGAGACGGGCUACAAAGGCGAAGUCGUCGGCGUGACGCCAGUGACCUGUCUGGACCCCGGCCUGUCCAACUGCACCACCCAGAUCGUCACGGUCAACAUCAACGGUGACGCGAUGGAAAAUAUCAACCCGACGCAGCAGCUGGGUGAUGGAGAAUUUGUGGAAGUCAUCCUUUUACCUCUUGAUGAAUUCCAGUCGAAAAUAGAUGAACUGCUGAAGAAAGAUAAAAUCACGGUGGAUGCCAAGGUUUACAUUUUCGCCAUGGGGAUGGUCCAGGCUUUUUUCAAACCGAGGGAGCUGCCUGUGCUGAAGCAGUGAAAACUGAGAAGCGGAUUUAGUAUUUCACGGGACCGAAUUCUUCAGACCAUUUUUUAACUUUUUGACUUGAUGAUGUGCAACUCUCCAAAGUGACAUUCCAAGUCCCGCCCCCCCAAAAAAAGCCCAUGCAGCUAUUUGUUUGGAUUUCACAUCUCACGUCUGCGAAUGUUUACGCCAUGUCUAAUUUCACGUAAUAGUCACAUCCGUAGGAAGUGUGGUCAAGAUCAUAUCUUUCCGAUUUUUACAACAUUCUAUUAAAUACAUUCUUAAACAUGUGCUAACGUAUUGUUACUAACGUCAAACACUGUUGACACUUCAUUGGCGACGGCCUCUCGAAGGUUCGUUUGCGUGGCUUUUUGUUUUUAAUCACGAAUGCUGAAUGUUUUUAUGGUUGCAAUCAUGUUACUUCAUCUAUUAAUAUGUCCAUGUCACGGAGGUUUCUCGAUCAACUUCACGAUAACAUGCAAAGGUCAAAAAUUUACUGGUAAACCAAUCAAUGCUGUUCUGUUUUUUCCCGACCGUGAUGCUGUUCUUAACCCAGGGACUAAAAUUUGCUGAGCAUUUCAUAAAUGUGCUACUACCUGUCA